AUUUUAUCAAUUUGACAGCAGAUUGUGUAUUUCAUUUUAUUUAACAAACAAUUAUAAAGUGAAUGAAAAUAUUUUUCUUAGCAUAAUGGCUCAGAAUGAGUUCAACACGUUUCGUAGUUAUGUUAAUAUAUUAAGUGAUCCCUCAGCUAAAGAGGAAAUAAAGUUUAAAGCAGCACAAGAGCUUAGUGAACACUUUGAGUUAAUUGUGCAAAGUCCUUCGUAUCCUGCAUUCUUAGAACUUGCAUUAAAAGUAUUUAUAAGAAUAUUGCAGGAUGGAGAGCCACAGUUCAUUCAAGAAAAUAGUUCCCAGCAUAUCAGAAAAUUAAUGUUGGAAAUGAUUCAUCGGCUACCUAUUAGCGAGAAUUUACGUCAACAUGUAAAACCCAUAAUAUCUGUAAUGCUCAAAAUAUUAAGAACCGACAAUGAAGAAAAUGUGCUGGUUAGUUUAAGGAUUAUAAUCGAAUUACAUAAACAUUUUCGUCCAUCAUUUAAUCCAGAGGUGCAACAUUUUCUACUGUAUGUAAAGGAUAUAUAUACAGAGUUGCCAAACCAUAUGAGCAAAAUAUUUGAACAGAAACAGCAGCCGAUGCGUGUAAAAGAUCUGAAAGAAUUAAAUAUUGAGCACUUAUUAUCUAUAACCUAUGCGCCCAGAACAAUUCAUGUUGAAAAUUUACAAGACUCAUCACCGCAAGUUUUUAACCUUUUACCUAAAGGAGUAUUGUCAUUAAGAGUUUUGCAAGAAUUGCCUAUAAUUGUUGUAUUAAUGUACCAGAUAUAUAAAACAGCAGUACAUCAAGAAGUUUCUGAGUUCAUUCCAUUAAUUAUGACAACGAUAAACUUACAACCGUCAGCACAGCAAAGAAAUUCUACGGAUCUUAAUAAAGAAAUAUUCGUUGAUUUUAUGGGCGCCCAAGUUAAAACACUUUCGUUUUUGGCAUAUAUUGUUAGAAUAUUUCAGGAUUUAAUAAUUACACACUCAGCAUCGGUUACUAAUGGAAUGCUUAGUCUAAUGGAUCUCUGUCCAAAGGAGGCUGCUCAUUUGAGGAAGGAAUUGCUGAUAGCUGCUCGUCACAUUUUCGCCACAGACCUUCGGCAAAAAUUUGUACCCAUAAUAGAAAAAUUGUUCAAUGAAGAUCUAUUAAUUGGAAAAGGUGUAACGUUGGAAUCUAUUAGACCUUUAGCAUAUUCAACAUUGGCGGAUUUAGCUCACCAUGUUCGUCAAAGUUUAUCUCUUGAUGUGCUUGAGAAAGCAGUAAAUCUGUUUUCAAAGAAUGUACACGACGAAUCUUUAGCAACUGGCAUUCAAACCAUGUCCUGUAAAUUAUUAUUGAAUUUAGUAGAUUGUAUUAGGCAGCACAGUGAAUUGGAUGCUGUCAAAGCUAGAAACAUAUUGGUUUCGUUGUUAAAAGUGUUUGCCUACAAAUUUAAAACUAUAGCGAAAAUUCUAUUGCCGCCAAUCUUUGAUAAGUGGAAAAAUCAAUCUUCUACACAAACGGCACAUUUAUCACCUGGAUCAACAAAUGUAUCUAACAACAAUGGUUACGAAUUUAAAGACGGAGUUGGGUUACGGUUAAAGGAUAAUGGAUUAACAGAACCAAUAAAGUCGAACGUAACUGGAAGCUAUUUGAUUUGCCCGGCCAAUAUAGUAGAGUAUCGUGGUUUAGUAAAAACAUUGGUUGGAGGGGCAAAAACUAUUACUUGGGGUUUUAUCAGUUCCAAGCCUGUUUAUGCUGAGGUAGUGAAAACUAAUCAAGAAAAGUUAUUUGAUUCAAAUGAAUUAAGAAUAUAUAUAGAUUUGGUGUACUGGGCAAUGGAAGCUUUGGAUAUAUACACAAUAAGUACCGCUAAUAAUAAUAACCAACAGAGAACAUCAAACCAGGGUCCACGCACUAAGGAAGAAAAAGAAGUUUUGGAGCAUUUCAGUGGCAUUUUCCUAAUGAUGCACCCGCAAAAUUUCCAAGAGGUAUUUGCUACAACAAUUGACUUCAUGGUGAAUCGGAUUGCAAAAAAUUCAUCCCUUCAAGUCGUUGCAAACUCAUUUCUCGCCAACCCGACAACAUCACCUCUAUUUGCAACUGUACUCGUUGAAUAUUUGUUGGGAAAAAUGGAUGAAAUGGGUGGACCGGAUAUCGAGCGAUCAACUUUAUAUUUGCGAUUGUUUAAAUUAGUUUUUGGUAGUGUUAGUUUAUUUCCAGUAGAGAAUGAGCAGAUGCUACGCCCACACUUACAUAACAUCGUAAAUAGAUCUAUGGAACUGGCACUAACGGCUGAAAAUCCAUAUAACUACUUUCUUUUGUUACGCGCUUUAUUUCGAUCUAUUGGUGGAGGAAGCCAUGAUCUAUUAUAUCAAGAAUUUCUGCCCCUAUUACCGAAUUUAUUAGAGGGAUUAAAUCGUUUACAAAGUGGUUUUCACAAACAGCAUAUGAAAGACCUUUUUGUUGAGCUCUGUUUGACUGUGCCUGUGAGACUGUCGUCCUUAUUGCCAUAUUUACCAAUGCUUAUGGAUCCACUAGUAUCUGCUCUCAAUGGGUCGACAACAUUAAUAAGCCAGGGAUUGAGGACGUUAGAGCUUUGUGUAGAUAAUCUACAGCCAGAUUUUUUAUAUGAUCAUAUUCAACCUGUACGUGCAUCAUUAAUGCAAGCUCUUUGGCGUACAUUGAGAAAUCAAGAUAAUGCUGCACUUGUAGCUUUUCGUGUACUUGGUAAACUCGGUGGUGGAAAUAGAAAAAUGAUGACUGAACCACAAACAUUACAGUUUAGAGAGAAUGAUGCUUUGCCCACUGCCGUUAUUACCUACUUUCAGGAUCACGAAAAGCCCAUCGAUUUCCCUGUGGAAAAGGCAAUUGAAGCUGCUCUUACAGCUCUAAGUUUCAAAACAACGGAUGAUUUUUAUCGAAGACAAAGCUGGGAAGCUAUACGUUGCUUUUUAGCAGCAUCUAUUAAUCUUGACGAUGAUAAAUAUACCUUGCAGAAAUUGUUCACUCAUAAUAGCUUCACUGAAGGAAACAUUAUGGUUACCCCAAUAAUUCAAAAUAAGUUCGAGGAAGAUAAUUCACGUAAAACUCACCAGGUUGCAUUGACUGGAAUGUUAGUGGCAUCGGCAAUAAAAGAACUACGUGAAUCUGUUUUUCCAGUUAUGGUUGCGGUUGUUCGCCAUUACACUAUGGUGGCAAUAGCACAGGAGGCAGGUCCAUUUCCGUACAAACAUUACCAUAGCUCACAAGGUGUGGAUCCCCUUGUCCUAAUUGACGCCCUGGCCAUAUGUAUGGCCCAUGAAGAAAAAGAAUUGUGUAAACCGGGCCAUCUUUGCAUGGAAUUGAUUUUGGAAACAGCAAGCACAAUCAUGGGCUCAAAGGAUAGAGCUUGUCGUUUGCCGUUGAUUCAAUAUCUUGUUGAAAAAAUGACUGCUCUCUGCUAUGAGCGACCUUGGUAUGCUAAAGUUGGCGGAUGUAAAGCAAUUCAAUUUUUAUAUCAGCAUGUGUCACUGAAAUCCCUCUACCAACACCUCUUCACAUUUUUAAAGGCUUUUCUAUUUGUUUUAAUGGACUUGGAGAGUGAAGUAUCUAGUGGUGCAAUUGACGUGGCGAAGACCAAUUUAAGAAACAUGCUUAAAAUCUGUAUGGUUCCUCUUGAAAAUGAAAAUAACAAUGAAGAAUUAAUCACUUUUCAAAAUAAAGCAAUGUAUGAAAUUGUACACGAGCUUGUUCGUCAAGUGACUAGCUCUAACGCUUUGGUACGCGAAGAAGCUAUGUCUUCACUCAAUUUUAUAGCCCAAUUACAAAAGAAAACCGUCUAUGAGAUAAUGGAUCCACACAAAGAGGUUUUAGCCGAUAUAAUACCCCCGAAAAAACAUUUGUUAAGACAUCAGCCAGCGAACGCACAGAUUGGUUUGAUGGAAGGCAACACAUUUUGCACUACACUCGAGCCAAGGCUAUUUACCAUAAACCUUACAAAUAAUUAUCACCGGUUGUUUUUUCACGAGUUACUAACGUUGAGUGAGGCCGAAGAUGCAACUCUAAACAAAUUGGAUUGUUAUAAAAACGUAGCAAAUCUUUUACCUUUACGGAAGAGUGCUUUAAAAGCAUUAGCUGCUUGCCAUUACAUAACCGACACUCAAUGCAAGGAAAAGAUUAUAAAUAUUCUUUUUAAAGUUAUGGAGAGCAAUAAAGAGGAGUUGCAAGAAGCAGCGUUUAAUUGCACAAAAGUUUUUAUAUCCGGGAUUCACAUUGAUAAAGAAAAGGUUCAUGCUGGGAUGCGACCUUUGCUUCUAACUUUGGGCGAUCAUCGGAAUCUUUCGUUAACUGCAACCAAAAGACUUUCAUAUUUUACACAAUUGUUUCCUCAAAUGUUUAAUGAAAAAUUAAGUGAACAAAUAUUACAGCAUUGUCAGAAAAUUUUAGAAAUGUCAAUUUCAACUCACAAAUCUAGUACGAACCAAGGAGGCAAUUUUUUUACGAUAACCAAACGAGAUGAGUAUGAACAGAAGGUAGUGACCUUAAUUGAGAUGUUUCAUCAAAUAACAGCUGCUUCGCCAAAGUACAUUGAUAGCCUGUGUCAGCUUGUGUUGAAAACUGAAAAAAGUUUGAUGAUUGAAUCAUCAAGCCCAUAUCGCGAGCCGCUGAUAAAAUUUUUACUUCGAUUUCCUUCAGAAACCGUUGAUUUAUUCAUUUCUGAUGUCGUAAUCGCGAAUGCCCAGUGGAAUAGGUUCUUUCUGUAUUUACUAAAUCACAAAUGUGGUCAACCAUUCCGCACGGUUAUUAAGACGCAAAAGUGUAACGUUUUGGUCAAGAUCAUUAAUGGUGCAAUGAGCUCAAAUUCACAAGGUGAUCAAUUGCAGAAAUACGAGGCCUUGCAUCAAGCAGUGCUCUUGGUUUAUACAUUAAUGGAGAAUGACGAUCAAUGGAUUCCUACACAAACGGAUAUUGUAUUAGCACUGAAAAAGUUAUGGGAAACAAGUUUAUAUAGUACAUGUAAAGAUAAUGUGACUUGCGAUUUGUGGCAUUUAGUUGGGAUGAUACUGUUAAAAUAUUUUUCACACAACACUAAUGAUAUCGAUUUACUGUUUCAACUACUCCGAUCGCUUUGUUUACAUUUCAUACCUGACUUUCACUUUCUAAGAGAAUUUUUACAAAAUACCGUGGCUCAAAGCUACACAGUGGAUUGGAAGAGAAAGGCAUUUUUCCAUUUUGUUGAUAAAUUCAAUGGAACUACUCUUUCCGAAGAUCUUAAAGCUAAAAUUAUUACAUCCUUGCUUAUACCUUGCUUUGUGGUAAGCUUUGAUAAAAGGGAAGGAAAUAAACUGAUUGGGGCACCACCGACUUCAUAUGCUGAUGAUGAUAAUAAUGUGGUAUCAGUAUUUAUCAGCAAAGUUUUUGACCCUGAUAAGCCAUACGCCAAUGAAGACGCAGUCAGAAUUGCUUUGCUACAAUUUGCUUGCUUACUUGUUGAAAGAGCAUCACAACACAUUCAUGAUGGUGAUGCUAAUAACAAGCGACAGGGUAACAAGCUACGUCGGCUAAUGACAUUUGCCUGGCCUUGUUUACUUAGUAAAAGCUCAGUAGAUCCUACAGCCCGAUACCAUGGACAUUUGCUCCUGGCUCACAUAAUUGCUCGACUGGCUAUACAUAAAAAAAUUGUAUUACAAGUGUUCCUGUCAUUACUCAAGGGGCAUGCUCUGGAAGCUAGACCCGUAGUUCGACAAGCUCUUGACGUUUUAACUCCUGCAAUGCCACUGCGAAUGGAAGACGGUAAUACUAUGCUGACUCAUUGGACUAAAAAAAUUAUUGUUGAAGAAGGCCAUUUAAUGCAACAAUUAUUUCACAUCCUUCAACUAAUUGUUCGCCAUUAUAAGGUAUAUUACCCAGUGCGGCAUCAUUUAGUGCAACAUCUUAUUAACUAUAUGCAACGUCUCGGGUUUCCACCUACUGCGUCAUUGGAGCACAGAAAAUUAGCGGUUGAUAUUGCAGAUGUUAUAAUCAAAUGGGAAGCACAGCGCAUUAAAGACGAUGAAAAGGAUAUAAAACUAGAGGAUGGAAGUGUAGAGAGUGUUGGUAUCACUGCAUGUGACGGAGCUAAUAAACGUUCAUCUGACGAAGGGAAUGUACAGAGAAAGAAAGCGAACACAAAUGAUAGUUCACGAAAUCAAAUCAGUCAAAGUACAUCUGGUAUUGCACAAAGUCAAAAGAUAGACGAUGGUUACCGUUCAAUAGAAAAAAACCAUUGUGACACAGUGCUCAACUUUCUAAUUCGCCUCGCAUGUCAAGUAAAUGAUAAUCAGCCUGCAGUCAUUUCUCCCGGCGAGGGGUUGUCUCGAAAAUGCGUGAUACUUUUAAAGUCAGCUAUGCAAAAUAAAUGGCCUCAACCUUUCGAACUUAAAUUAAAUUGGUUGGAUAAGGUAUUUAUGACUAUUGAAACUCCAACGCCAAAUCUAAGUAACAUUUGCACUGGAUUGGACUUUGUAACAUUUUUAACAACAAUUUUGCCUGCGGAUCAGUUACUAUUAACUAUAAGACCACUUCAAAGAGGGCUUUCAAGUUGCAUUAUACACCAAAAUACGCGAAUAGUUCGACUUAUGAAUGCAUUUCUUACACGGCUUAUGUCUAUAUUUCCGCCAGAUAUUAAUCAUAAACACGAAGACCUUGAUGUGUUAUAUAGUGGUAUAAGUAAAAUGAUAUCUGAAAACUUGACUUUGUACGAAAAAAGCCCUCAGCCCAAUCCCCCUUCCGUAUAUGGAACAUUAAUGAUAUUGAAAGCAUGUUCGGCAAAUAAUCCAAGUUAUAUUGACAAACUUAUGCUCCAAUUUAUAAGAGUUUUGAAUCGCUUGACAAAGGAUCACUUAAACACUCAAAACACUGGCCAGCCAGUUACAUCUAAUGCGGAUAAUGUGGAAUUGCUUGUCCUAUCGUUGGAAUUAAUAAAAAAUCGAAUUAUUAUUAUGGGAGUUGAGGUGCGAAAAUUGUUUAUUGGAAAUAUUCUGGUUAAUCUUAUAGAGAAAAGUUUGGAUGUUAAUGUUUUGAAAUCCAUAAUACAAAUGCUAGAUGAAUGGAUAAAAGCGAAGGAACAAAAUCCCAUAAUGCAGAUACCUUCUAUAAGGGAAAAAUCUAUUCUAUUAGUUAAGCUAAUGCAAUAUCUGGAAAAAAAGUUUUCAGAUAUAAAAAACUUGAACAUCCAAUUCUUGGAGAUAGUCAACUACAUAUAUCGAGACGACUAUUACAAACAAACUGAGUUGACAGCUAAACUAGAAGGUGCUUUUCUAACUGGCCUUCGUUGCCAAGAUCCACAAAUAAGAGCGAAAUUCUUUGAGAUCCUAGAUGCAUCAAUGAGAAGACGACUUCACGAUCGUCUUCUUUAUGUUAUAUGCUCACAAGCCUGGGACUCUAUUGGUUUACAUUACUGGAUAAAACAGUGCAUUGAGCUGUUGGUAUUAACUACAAACACAAUGACUCAAAUUCAAAAUUCGAAUGAGACACAUAAGGUACCAAGUAUUAAGUCAGUAAUAAAUUUGGCUGAAGGGCAGGAUAAAAGUAGCUUCGUAAUAUAUACGUCAUCUCAAUCUGAUUCCUUCGAUUCUACGCAAGUUGAAGAUAAGGAGGACAUUUUUGACAACGAUCUUGAGGCUAAUUGGAGUGUAAAUCGUCAUAACGAAAAUGAUAAAGAUUAUCCGAAGCGGAAAUUGCAACUUCUCAUAAAUAAGCAAAUUGAAUUUUUAGAAGCUAAUCGAAAAAUUAAUACGGAACAAUUGAUUAUAGCUAUUGCUCAACUUUGUCACAUGGAUAUUCAGCUAGCUGAAAACGUAUGGUUAAUUAUUUUUCCUAGAAUAUGGUCAAUUUUUGACGAGGAGCAGCAACAUUUAAUUGCAAGGGAACUCGUGCCAUUUCUCUCUUCUGGCAGUAAUGUAAUUCAAAAGGACUGCUUUCCUAGUGCUCUUAACACUUUUGUAGAGAGUUUAAUGCAUUGUGAACCUCCAAUAUAUAUUCCACCAUAUUUGAUGACAUACCUUGGCAAAGCCCAUAAUCUGUGGCAUCGUAUGACUUUAGUAUUAGAAGAACUUCAUCAUGGUACUAGAAAAAUAUCUCUGGACAAUUCGGAUCUAGAUCAAAGUGAACCAUUUUCAGUCACGAAAAAAAAUCUAAUAUAUGAUUCGCUUUCUCAAAUGUAUGCUACUAUGCAUGAAGAAGAUCUUUGGGCUGGCCUAUGGUUGAAAUACGCACAUUAUCCUGAGACAAAUAUUGCCAUAGCAUAUGAGCAAAUGGGAUUUUUCGAAGAAGCUCAGGGAGCUUACGAUUUGGCAAUGUCGAAGUUUAAACAUGAUCAAGCAAAUGGAUUAAUUAAUACAGAUGUGAAUAGUGAAUUGCUUUUAUGGGAAAGCCAUUGGAUUCGUUGUGCCAAAGAACUGAAUCAGUGGGAUAUUUUGUUAGACUAUGCUCAAACUAAUAAGGAAAAAAACAUGUUUCUCAUAUUGGAAAGUGCAUGGCGAGUGCCAGAUUGGAAUUUAAUGAAAACUGCUAUCUCUAAAACGGAGCAGUCUUUUGCAAAGCAAUUCGGUUAUAAAAUUCAUUUGUACAAAGGAUUUCUUUCAAUAUUACAUCAGGAGGACCGUCAGCUCUUGAACGUUGAAAGGCAUAUUGAAAAUGCUUCUGCAUCGUGCAUGAAGGAAUGGCGAAAACUGCCUUCUAUUGUUUCCCAUAUACAUUUACAAUAUCUGCAAGCUGCUCAGCAAAUAAUGGAAUUACAUGAAGCUAGCACUAUUCAUCAAGGUUUAAUUCAAUCACGAAACAAUUCUAUUCACGAUAUGAAAGCUAUUGUGAAAACAUGGCGAAAUCGUCUACCUGUAAUUGCAGAUGAUCUAUCUCAUUGGAGCGAUGUGUUCACUUGGCGGCAACAUCAUUAUCAAAUAAUUACUCAGCAUCUUGAGCAGCAGUCAGAUCAGACUAACACUAUGCUUGGAGUACAUGCUUCCGCUCAAGCAAUAAUAUAUUUUGGAAAGAUAGCGAGAAAACAUAACUUGACUGGAGUUUGUCAGGAAACUUUAUCUCGAAUAUAUACCAUACCGUCAGUUCCGAUUGUGGAUUGCUUUCAGAAAAUACGUCAACAGGUGAAGUGUUAUUUACAAAUGGCGGCUUCUUCAGGAAAAUCCGAAUUAAAUGAAGCGCUCGAAGUAAUUGAGUCAACAAAUUUAAAAUAUUUUACGGGAGACAUGAAUGCAGAAUUCUACGCCUUGAAAGGUCUACUUUUGGCUCAAAUCGGACGAUCCGAAGAAGCAGGUAAAGCUUUCAGUGCAGCAGUCCAGCUUCAUGACGGGUUAACAAAAGCAUGGGCCAUGUGGGGAGAUUAUAUGGAGCAAAUGUUUUUGAAAGAUAGACAAAUGGUUCUAGCAGUAAGUGCUAUAACUUGCUAUUUGCAUGCUUGCCGACACCAAAAUGAAUGCAAGACCAGAAAAUAUUUAGCAAAGGUAUUGUGGUUUCUGUCCUAUGAUAAUGCGAAUGGUAGUCUCAUGAGUACUUUGGAAAAAUAUGUGGUCGGUGUCCCACCAUCGUAUUGGCUUCCGUGGAUACCCCAACUACUUUGCUGUUUAGUACAAUACGAAAGCAACGUCAUUUUGAAUCUUUUGAGUCAUGUUGGACGCUUAUAUCCGCAAGCUGUUUACUUCCCAAUCCGUACCCUCUAUCUUACAUUAAAAAUAGAACAAAGGGAAAAGCACAAAACAGCUGAACAGGCUGGGUUUAUUGGAAAGCUUCAAAACACGGCACAAGACAACCAAAAUUCGGGGCAAACACUGAAUGCCCAAGCAACCUCUGGAUCAACUGUCAACCCAAUCAAAGCAACACCUUCCAUGUGGCGCUGUUCAAAAGUGAUGCAUGUUCAACGGGAAAUUCAUCCAACAAUUCUCAGUUCUUUAGAAGGAAUUGUUGACCAAAUGGUUUGGUUUAGAGAAAGUUGGACCGAAGAGGUUCUGAGGCAAUUACGUCAGGGUUUAAUUAAAUGCUAUGCAAUUGCAUUCGAAAAUAGAAGCGCUGUUAAUGAAGCGACUAUUACGCCCCACACUCUCCACUUCGUUAAAAAGUUAGGAUCUACAUUUGGCAUUGGUAUCGAGAAUAUACCGGGAUCAGUAGCCACCUCUACUUCAAAUUCCGCAGCUUCUGAGUCCAUAGCUCGGAGGGCACAAGUAACAUUCCAAGACCCAGUGUUCCAAAAAAUGAAGGAGCAGUUUACUAAUGACUUCGAUUUCUCAAAGCCCGGAGCUAUGAAAUUGCAUAACCUAAUAUCUAAAUUGAAAACGUGGAUAAAAGCAUUAGAAGCGAAAGUGAAGAAAUUGCCAACAUCAUUUCUUAUUGAAGAUAAAUGCAGAUUCUUGUCAAAUUUUAGUCAAAAGACAGCGGAAGUGGAAUUACCCGGCGAACUAUUACUUCCUUCAUCUUCUCAUUAUCAUAUUCGCAUAGCAAGAUUUAUGCCGCGAGUGGAAAUAGUUCAAAAAAAUAAUACUGCAGCAAGACGCUUAUACAUUCGUGGAACUAAUGGAAAAAUUUAUCCAUAUUUAGUAGUUAUUGACACUGGGCUCGGAGAUGCGCGGAGAGAAGAACGGGUACUACAGCUAAUGCGAAUGCUUAACUACUAUUUAGAAAAACAAAAGGAAACUGCCAGACGGUUCUUAAAUAUGACGGUUCCGAGAGUAGUUCCCAUAUCACCACAAAUGCGUUUGGCUGAAGACAAUCCGACUAGCAUUUCUUUAAAGGAAAUCUAUAAGAAAUGCUGUAUGAAGCUAAAAAUAGAUCACGAUUUGCCAAUUGUUAAGUAUUAUGAUCGCCUUUCUGAAGUUCAGUCACGUGGAACUCAAACCACACACACAGUAUUGUGUGAUAUAUUUUGUGAAGUUCAGACCACCAUGAUACAAAGUACCUUAUUCAAAAAGUGGGCUCUCAAUAGAUUUCUUUCCUCUACUGACUUCUGGCAGUUCAGAAAAAUGCUUACACUGCAGCUAGCUCUCGCAUUUUUAUGUGAACAUGCUCUACAUUUGACAAGGUUGAAUGCAGAUAUGAUGUAUAUACAUCAAGACUCCGGAUUAAUGAAUGUUUCAUAUUACAAAUUUGAUAUUAACGAUGAAAAGGAAGAACUUGACUCAAAUAGGCCCGUACCAUUUAGACUUACACCAAAUAUAGCCGAAUUCGUAACAAAUAUUGGAAUAACUGGGCCCAUGUCGGCAGCUAUGGUGGCCACGGCACGGUGCUUUGUGCAACCGAAUUACAAACUUUGUUCAAUUUUAAAGACUAUUCUCAGAGAUGAAAUAAUUGCAGUACAAAAGAAAAGAAUCAGAGAUAAUAAACUUGUAGAACCGAUAGCGGAUUCAGCCAUUGAUAUGAAUGCAAUGGAUAACACCAUCAGCUUGGUCAAUAAAGCUGUCGCUGUAAUUAUGUCGCGAUUGAAUGCCAUUUCAUACUUUGAUAAUACCGAAUCUAAAAAAGUGUCUAUUUUAAUUCAAUCGGCAAUUAAUCCAGAUAAUUUAUGUCGGAUGGACCCAGCAUGGCACCCGUGGCUAUAAAUACAAAUCAAUUAUUUUAAUAUUCUUAUAUUUAAGAACUAUUUUACAAUAAAAUAAUAGAAAUGAUCAUUAAUAAAGAUGAAGGAGUGUUUUAUAAUUAUUUUGUACGGAGCGGAGUUUCGUAUUCACAUAAGUUCUAUAUUUUUGAAGUUAAAGAUGAAAUCAUUUCAUUUUCAUUUGCAAUAUUCUAAGCUAUGGAAUAAAAAUUUAAUAAAUUAUCAUAAGAUGUAAAAUACAGCAGUUCAAUAUGACGAAAGUUAAUGUUUAACAAUGUUCAUCUUUUAUACGCG